AUGUCCAUUACUGUUUUUGUUGCCGGUGCUGGCGGGUACAUUGGAAAACACAUUGUUUCUCAACUACUUUCCAAAGGUUAUAGUGUAAUUGGGUCUGUUCGGAGUGAUGAAAAGGGAGAACGACUUGAAUCGUUGUUUGAAAACAAUAAUUUUAGCUACGUAGUGGUUGAGGAAGCAGAGGUUAAAGGUGCAUUUGACAAGCCGUUGAAAGAUCACCCACACAUCAAAGUUUUUAUUGACACGGCAAGCCCUUUACCGAUUGGUGUCAAUUACGAAAAGCAGUUGAUUAGACGUACAGCUAAAGGAAUUAAAUACAUUCUAAGCUCAAUCAAAGACCAUGGACCCAAUAUCACAAAAGUAGUCAUCACCAGUUCUAUUGCUUCGUGUAUGAAUGAAAAACAAAGCCAUGAUCCUAAUUUUGUUGUUGAUGAAAGCAAAUGGAAUCCAGAUAAACAUAGUGCUGGCAAAAAUAACGCCACAUCGGCCUACUUUUAUGCAAAGGCUUCUGCUGAACACGAGGCUUGGGAAUUCAUGAAGAAGAAAACACAUUUCACACUUGCAACUAUUCUUCCUGGCUAUACAUUUGGUCCGCAGUGUUUUGAUGAAGAUGUUUCCGAUAUCCUUGAAGCCUCUGUUGAGAUUGUCACAAAACUAUUCGAAUUAAAUAAGAAUGACCCUAUCCCCAAAGACCUGGGAUUGUUUGUUGAUGUUAGAGAUGUUGCUGCAGCGCACAUAAAGGCAUUCGAGUUAAAUGAAGCUCAAAAUAAACGUUUAUUGUUAGUCUCGGAACCCUUUUCAGGCCAAGAAAUUGUUGAUAUUUUACACGAAAUGUACCCAGCGGUUCAAUUGCCACUUGGCCAUCCUGGCGAAAAGCCUAAUUACAAAUUUAACAACUCGGAAACCAAAAAAAUUUUGAAUACUGACUUCCGUUCUUUAAGAUCAAGUAUAAAGGAUGAUUAUGACCAGUAUUUAAGGACCCAUGGUAUUAUAUCUUAG